CUCAGCCUUUCUGAUGAUCCUCUUGGGGGGGGGGAAAUCCCCCCCAAAAAAACAAAGAAGCAGCAGGGAAGGCACUGCCGUUUGGAACAAAGCAGCCUCUGAUCCGGAUUGACUCCGAAUUCGCCCUUCAACCGGCGCUUGGCAUUUUUCCACUUUCUUCUUUGCAGCGCAAGGAGAACCAGGAAGUGUCUUCCCUCCAGCAAAUCAGGGGGAGCGGUGAGCGACGGCGCGCCGCGGCCAAUCAGCGAGCGCGGCCCGGGCCGAAAGAGGCGGGCUUAGACCAACCUGGGCAAUUCCCAAGCGAGGAGGCGAAGCGGCGGCCGGCAGGAACGGCGGCGGGAGGGGGAGAAGGCUGUGAGAACGGCGGCCAGCGCCGGGCUUUUCUAGCGAGGUGGUUGGUAGGGGGGAGGGAGAGAGACUCUGGCGCGCCUCGGAAGAGCCCCCGAAAGCGUGAGAUUACGGGUUCGAAUCCCACUUGGGGAAGAGUUGGUUUUGGAAGCGGGGUUAGUUUAAAAGUUUCGGGGUACGGGGGUGAGCCCGGCUCUUGGAAGUCAGCCCCCUUUGGUUCUUUAGCUCCUAAGAAGGGAUCUGAGCAGCCGAGGAGCUUAAAAGUUGCCCAGAGUGGGGUGGAAGGGUUGGAGAGCGCCAAAACUGGGUGAGGGUCGGGGAAACCCAGAGAUUCCUGGGUCCUUAAGAGAGAGGACAUUGGGGGGGGAGUUAAGUAGGGGGCAACACCCUCGAUUCUGAGCUAGGGGGAGACUUUUUUUCAGUUGGGUCACCCAACAGGAGAAGUGAAGGAAGGAGUUGGCCAACCAGCAAUGCAAGAAGCUGAGUCCAAUGAGAGAAGCCCGCUCUUAGACCCCAAUGUUCGGUCGCCCGUCUCCUUCCCCGCAGCCAAUGUCUUCCACGGACGGCGCUUGGCCUGUGCCGCAGUGCUGCUGGCUGAGCUGCUGGAAAGGGUGGCCUUCUACGGCAUCACCUCGAACCUGGUGCUCUUCCUCAAUGGAACUCCUUACAACUGGGAGGGUACCGAGGCCAGCCAGGCCCUCCUCAUCUUCAUGGGGAUCACCUACCUGGUCUCCCCUUUUGGGGGCUGGCUGGCCGACGCCCUAUUAGGCAAAUUCCCCACCAUCUUGGUCAGCAUGGCGGUCUACCUCUUGGGCAUGCUGGCCUUCCCCGCCAUGGCCAUCGCUCCAAGCCGUCAAUGGCUCUGCGGACAGAUUCGUCUAUCACCCGUUGAGAACUGCUCAACGUCUCUGGAGAGUAAUGUUACGUCUGCCCCGUGCUCGUCACAAGAAACCACGCGCUACUGUUUCAUCGCCUCCUAUGUCGGCUUGGCGCUGGUUGGGCUGAGCGUGGGCUCCGUCAAGGCCAACAUCACCCCCUUCGGAGCUGAUCAGGUGAAGGAUCGCGGUCCGGAAGCCACCCGGCGUUUCUUUAACUGGUUUUACUGGAGCAUCAAUUUGGGCGCCAUCCUGUCCCUGGGAGGCAUCGCGUACAUCCAGCAGAACGUCAACUUCACCAUCGGCUACAUCAUCCCCACGGUUUGCAUUGGGGUCUCCUUCGUGGUCUUCCUGUGUGGCCAGAGCGUCUUCAUCACCAAGGCCCCGGAUGGCAGCGCCUUCAGCGACAUGUUCAGAAUCCUGGCUUAUUCUUGCUGUAACCGGAAACAGCCAGAGCCGUUUCCCAGCCCCAGGGUCACCCAGGGGAUCCUUCACCAGCGUCAGCCUUCCAAGGACAGCCUUUUUGAAGCCGCCAAGACCUCCCACGGGGGUCCUUUCCGAGAAGAUAAAGUGGAAGACGUCAAAGCCUUGGUCAAAAUCAUCCCCGUCUUUUUGGCUCUCAUCCCGUACUGGACAGUCUACUUUCAGAUGCAGACCACCUACGUCCUCCAGAGUCUCCAUUUGAAAAUCCCACAGUUUUCCAACAGCACGUUCAACAGCACCGCAAGCAGCCACACGUUCCCCGCAGCUUGGCUAACCAUGUUUGAUGCUGUGCUGAUCCUCAUCCUCAUCCCCCUGAAAGACAAAGUGGUGGACCCCAUCUUGAAGAAGAAGGGGCUUCUUCCUUCCUCACUGAAGAGAAUCGCCUUGGGGAUGUUCUUCGUCAUGUGCUCUGCGUUUGCUGCAGGAAUAUUGGAAAGCGACCGGCUAAGGAGAAUCGAGACCAAAAUAAUUGAUCAGAAGAUUGGGACGACUAUCUAUCACGCAGCCGACAUGUCCGUCUGGUGGCAGGUCCCUCAGUAUAUUCUGAUCGGAAUCAGCGAGAUCUUAGCCAGCAUUGCAGGUUUGGAAUUUGCCUAUUCCGCUGCUCCAAAAUCCAUGCAAAGUGCAAUCAUGGGUCUAUUCUUCUUUUUUUCUGGAAUUGGCUCUUUCGUGGGUUCCGGACUCCUGGAGUUGGUGUCUCUCAACUCUAUCGGUUGGAUGAGUAAUCACACGGAUUUGGGUAACAUCAACGGUUGCCAUUUAAACUACUACUUUUUCCUCCUGGCAGUGAUCCAGGGCGUCACCCUGCUGCUUUUCCUCAUCGUGUCUGUCAAAUACGACCGUCAGAAGUCGAGGACGAACGCUGGACGGACUUGACGCGACCGUCACAGAAGAUGUGGAAGUCAGUGGGGGGGGGGGAUCAGGAGCUGUGGCUGACCCAGCGAGAGACCGCCAUUUCAGAAGGGCGUUUUCGUUUCACUUGCAUGAUUUUUGACUUCUAGUUUGGCCCCCUCCCUGCUCUUACACACACACACAACACAUACACACACAAACACACACCGCUAAAAGCAGAGAGUGCCUUACGCUAGCAAACUAAUGUUCCAGGCUGCAUCUUGGGAUGUAGACCAGACCUUGUCUGAGGUGUCCACGUUUCUCUGAUGCUUUUUUUCCCCCUCCAAUCUGCUCAAGCCAGGAUGUCGCCUUUGAAACCCAACAUCACAAACCCAGAAGCAUUUCGGCGGACAGAACUGCGCAUCGGAUGUGCGGGCACGCCUUUGCGUGACCGCGUCACACAUCCUAGCUUGAAAAAUAAUUCAUUCCUCCCCUUGGAUGCCUUUUGAGGGCCCGUAGGCCACGGUGCGACGCCAACUUGGGUUUGUUCGUCGCUGGGCAUCAAACGUUCUCUCUUACACGAGCAUCACCAGCAGUCCUGGUGGGUGGCACUCCGAAGCUCUGCCGAGGGCUCUGGCGUUAUGGCUGGGGAAUUAUAGGCCUUUUUCCUCCAGGGUAUGAAGAGAACUAGUUAGAGAAGGCUGAAAUAAAGGAUAUUUUUAAACCUACUGUAGGUUUCGGGGUGGGGGGAAUGUUUGGUUUGGUUUUAUGUUAGCAAUUAUUUGGGAGUGUGAAACUGGUUUGGCAUAUUCUUUCCUGUUUCCUGACACUUCCUUCCUCUUUUCUUCCUUCCUUCCUGCCUUCCUCUCUCCCUCUUCUUCCUCCCUUCCUCCUUCUUUCUCCUUCCUUCCUUCCUCUUCUUCUUCCCUCCCUUUC